AUGUCGAAGAUUCCUGUCGAUAGAAGUGUCAAAUCCAGGUCGUUAAAUAUCAGCGGAGUAUAUUUCAAAGAUUACUCUUUGAUAAAGAGCCUACGUUCUGGCGACAUAAAACCUAUUGAUAUCACUAAAAAAAUACAAUCCACCGAGAAUGCAGCAAACACUGAUAUAGCUGAAAAACUAUUUCAUUCAAACUAUCAAAGUUUCAUACCUAAAAUGAACCUAAAUCUAGAAAAAGUUGUGGAACAAAAUCCAAGAAUAUUAGACUUACGAGAAAAACUAAAUGAAAUUUCUAGAAAGCAAGAUCUUAAAGUCGACAAGAAGACAAAAAGUUAUUUUAAUGACAUAACACAGCAAUUUGUUGAGGAAAGCGAUACGCACGAGUCAGGACCAUACAGUCUCCUGUUUGAUCUUCAACCAGAUGCUUCCACAUCUUAUAAAGAAUCACUUGAGGAUGAAACAUGGAAGAAAUCGCAAAAUGAUGUACUUAAUGUCAAUAACCCACAAAUUCUUAAGAAAAUCAAUAAUGCUACAAACAAAAGCUUAGACAGGCUACCAAAUGUUAUUAAUUUUGAUGACAAACCCAUGAAAGAGUUCGAGUACUCCUGUGAAAAGGAAGUUCCGGUAAAGAAAACUUUUAACACUCACUCUAGAUCUGAUCUAUGCUUACAACUUAAAUCUCAUCUUCAUCCACGAUCUUACGAAACGAACUUAAGUCCGAACGAUAAUUCUAUAAGUAGAAAUAAUGAAGAGAAUUCUUUGGAUGACAGCUUAGGUAUUUUGACUCCUGAUCAAAUGGACGAUAUAUGCUAUUUAGAAAACGCAUUUUCCCCAACGGUCGAAGGUUUGCCUAGUUUUUGUGAUAAUAACGAUUACAAAGCUUCUCCCGACAAUGGUGACACACCAUCAACGGAUAAGACUGAAAGCAAUUCGGCUGCGUCGACAAUACAAAAUGAAACUUUUGAAAGUAACUACAACAAAAAAACAAAUGCGUUUGGAAAAUCGUUAGCCCCAAUCGUAUCUCUCAAGGCGUUUGAAGCUCAAAAACAAGACCUAAAAUAUGAUGGCAACUGUGCUCUUACUUUAUAUGAUAAAACUUUUUGCUCUUUAUUAGAUUCUAAAACAGAUGUUGAGAAAACCUUGGAAAAAGAAAAGAGUGAUUUGUAUAAGUCCCAAGAAUUUCCGCAAAAUUUAGCUGACGAAGACUUCAUGCCCUCGAUUCAUAGCAGUAUUUUAGAACCUGCAAGUUCUAUUGCAGACACAACAAUAAACUUAGACAUACCAUUGGAUAGUAAAAUUGGGAACCGAAAUGUACCACCCAAUCGACUAGAACAGACGCCAUCGCCAGAAGAAUUGCCUCUUGAUAGUUCUGAAAUAAACGGUGAAGUCAGCACGUACUCACAAUUUUCAGCGUCCACUUUACACGAUUCUCAAACCUUUUCAGACAGCAAAACUGAUUAUACCAAAUCAAUGGAAACGUCAAAAGUUUCAAACAGCUUCAUUACUAGUAUUACAAGUAUAACUAGUUUAGAUGGUUAUCAAGGUGACGGAGAAAUGUCACGGCCAGUAAGCCGAAGUGCGGAUCAUCCUAUGGGACCUCGUGAAGAUGUCAUAGAUAUGGAAUGGCAAAAUGUUCCUGUUACGAGAAGAGUUGAUCCUAUGACUGAUUCUGAUUUCUUCACUGAAAGUGACGCUGACGGACUGGACGAACAUAUGCAGAAAGGAGAUAGACGAGCUCAAGUUAUAGAUGGAGCUCUUUAUGGUGGAAAAAAUGGCAGUAAUAAUGCUCCUUUGAUUGUUAAUAGAAGUGAAGACUCGUGUAUGGAAUCCAGUGGAGUAUAUACAGAUUUUGAAAAUCAUCGUGCGUCACCUGUAUUUUUAAACGUGAUCAAAGACAUGUCUCCUGACUCUACUCAAUCGACUCACUCGGAAUGUAGCCAGAAAAAUGCAAGUUCCAACAAAUUAAGUACGUAUUUUACACCGUUAGAAGAUACAUUAGAAGAACAAAACUCUGAUGUAUCCCAUGUAAUUGAUGAUGAUACAACUCCCAAAAACACCAGCAAAAGAAACUCCAUUAACAGUGAAAAAGAAGUAAGAAAUGUGGAGAAAAAUAAAGAAGAAAAAAGAAGUUUUACUUUGAAGAAGUAUAAAAUGCCUAAGCGUGACGUCCCCAGCAAGUUGAAGACCAUGUUGGCCAGUAGAAAGACAGACGCAGAAAAUAGUGUACAAAAUAGUCCAAAAGCAGCAAAAAAGAGUGAGAGACGCGAAAGUUUUCUAAAGAAGUCUACCAUAGAAAUGAAGAGUGACUAUAAAGCGAAAUCUUUUAAGGAUAUAAAAUCGAAAGUAGAUUGCACGUUUUCAUUACAGCGUUCGCAGACUGCGUGCAGCGUUACAAGAAUGUUGAGCUCUAAAUCGACGAAUACGAACACGAAACCUAAAAGCCGUCACAUGCGUAUGCGAAUGGAGCUGGGUUCUGCCAAUGCUAGCGGCAAAAGCAGCCUGCACAGCUCCCAGAGCGACAUCAGCGCUAUCAGCACGCCGCUAGGCAAGCACUCAACGAGCCGCUUCCCAUUGUUAAGGAAUGGCAAGAAGCGAGAUAGUGUCCCGACGCCGACGACCCCCAGCCGCCCUCCAGCCACGCCGCCCCAACCCCCGACCGUACAGGCCAAGAAAAAUGGUGUGGUGCAGAAACUGUCGUCGUCACCGGUGGCGGUUCGGGCGCGGAGCUCUCUUGCGCCACCCCCAUCACCUCGGAAACCGCCCGCGCAUCGCGUACCAGCACAGAGGCCCAAUACAUUGACCACCACUAAAGAGCCGCCGCGAGUUACGGCGGCGGUGGGGCCGCGAAGCAAGCGGGUGCAAACGCCGCAGCAGCCCACGCGUACGCCGGCCGCUCCGCUGCCCGCUCCGCUCACCGCCCCGCUCCAAGUCUCGCUACCCGCCCCGCCUAUUAAUCCGCCCCGCGAACACGUCACAGCGUUGGCGCACGCUGCUAAAGGCGUCGAAGCUUUGGGAGUUUUAGUGCAGUAUUUAGUUUUUAGACUGGACGCGCUAAACGGCGGUUCCUGGCGUUUAGAGGCGGAAAGAUGGCGCAGUGUGGCAGCAGCAGAGAGGAGCAGCGCAGCCCGCGCCGACAGAGACAGGCAACAGCGCGCCCAAAAGGACCUUGAUACCAUCGCAGAAUGCCUGAGCAAGAUCUCAGAGCUAGAGAUGGAAGUGUCUUCCAAGGAGGAGGCAAACGCACGUCUCCAGGCCAUACAUAUGGAAGAAGUGGCCGCCUUGGCGAAUGACAUUAAGGGAUUAAAGGAUACAAUCGAGUCUUUGAAACAUGAAGUCGCGGAGAGCAGGGCGCGGUUGCACGCGCACGGCGAGAUCGAGCGCACGCUGCGAGCUCAACUUGAGGCGACGCGAGCAGAACUCGAGCGCGGCGAGGAGCGCGCGCAACUCGAGCGCGGCGAGUUCGCUCGCCUCGAGCUCGGCGAGUCCGCCCGCCUCGAACGCCUCUGCGAAAUGUGCGAUGCGGCCUGCGACCCGGUGUGCUGCGAUGCCGAGGAGUGCGAGUUGCGACUGAACGCAAAUGAGGAGCUGAGCACGGACGCUAAUGAGUUAGCGGCUGAGGUGCGUUCCCUGCGAGCGGUCAUCGAACUGAAGCAGGCCGAGAUGGCCUCGCUGCGCGACGCGCGCGCCGAGCUCGGCGCCGAGCGCGAGCGGCGCGCCGCCGCCGAGCGCGAAGCCCGCUCCGCCCGCCACGCGGCCGAGGAGCUCCGCGAGCGCGCCGCCGCCCGGCAGCGCGACGCCGACCGGCUGCGUGACGACAACCGGCGCUUGCGCGACGCCGCGGCGCGGGACCGAGACCACGCCGCACGCCUCGCUGCGCUCAACGAGGAGCUCAGAUACAAGCUGCGCCAGAAGUCCCAGGUCGUGUCGUUGCUCGCCGGAGGCGGGUACAUCGAGCGUGCGCCGCUGCGCGCUCGCACGUCGUCCGGCGAGUCGGGCCGCUCGGGCUCGCCGCCGCCUGACUCGCCGCCGUCGCCGGCCGCCUCGCCCGCGCCCGACUCGCCGCCGCUGCCCGCCGUCAAGGGCGUCGUGGAGAAGCACGACUCCGUCAGCUGGGUGCUCGAGAUCGAAGAGACCCCCGAGGAGGUGGCCACGAGACUUGCUAGGCGAUCGUCGUUCCGCGCGGUGGCGUCGCCGAGCGGCGUGAAGCGUCGCGGCGGCGGCUCCCCUGGCAGCUCGCCCGCCCCCGCCUCCCCCGCCCCCAACGCCUCCAAGCUGUUCCGGCCCGGCGAGCUCGAUUUCCCCCCGCCGCCGCUCAAGGAGUCCGCCGGCGAGGCGAUCUACAUUUACGACGACCGCCAAUAU